AUGAGUAAUUAAUAGAACAAUUAUAAAUAAAAUUAACAAAAGAACAUUUAUAAUCAAAAAAAUAAUCUUAAUAACAAAUACCAGGUUAAAAUAAGGAAAAUAAAUCUUUCUUUCUUUUAAUAAUAGAAUCAAUAGAUUAUUAUAGGCACAAAAAAAUAAUUGAAGCUUUAGAAUCUUUAGAAUGUCCAUCUUUAGCAAUAGUAUAUAAGCAAUCAGAAAUUCCUGCCAAUUUUUAAGAUAUAACAAAUAAUUAAUAAGAAGAAAUAAAUGAAAUAACAAAUACUUACAGAAAAUGUUAUAGUAAUUUACUAGCAAUAUCUAAGAGUAUAAAAUAAACAGAAUAUGAAAAUAAUGACGUAAUUUUUUAUUAAUAAAAAUAACAUUAUUUAAAUAUUUAAUAAAAGGAUGAAUGUGAUAGCGACUAAGAAAAUAGUUAAAGUUCAUAUGAAGAAGCUGUGA